CAGAGAGGAGGAGGAGGAGGAGGAUGCUGGGUCUUCGCAACAUUUCACCCACUUUGAUGAAGACUCUCCACAGUGUUACCAGGACUGGAUGCCCAGAAGCACAGAAGUCACCUCAGCCCCAUCCCUCCCUACCUUGAAGCCCCCAGACAACCCACUGUCCCAUGUUUAUCUGCAGCCCAUCCACUUACCCAGUCCAAGGCUGAAUCCCGCUCUCAGUCCAAUCACAAAGCCUUGUGGUGAAUUUCCAAACCCCACAACUGUGGUACGCUCCCCCACCAAGCUGGCCCCCUCAAGCACCAUGGUCCCUCCAAAACUGAUUCCAGGGGAGUCUGAGGAGGACUUCCUGAGGAGGAAGAGAGAGUACUGGAGAAUAAAAAAGAAGGAGCAGAGAGCAAGAAAGGCCAUUCAGGACAAGGGAGUCAACCCCAUGACUGUCUCCAAUAACUGGAGGCCCGUCCUCCCUGUCCAGGAUCUAGAGACUCAGGAGACUGCUGCCCAGGCUUCUGGUCUGUGUAUGAACCCCUCUGAGGACUCUGAACUUCUCAUGAGCAUGCCCAUGGACCCCACCUCGGGACCUUUUCCACAGUCAGGGUAUUCAGCACCUAUGGAAGGUGAGGCGGAGCUCCUGUUGACAGACUUCCUGGGUACCAACGAUGAGGAGGGUCCUGUGUCCGAGGCCGCGUGGAGGAGCCGCUUCCUCAUGGACUACAACCCCCUCAACCAGCUGCUGGUGUGCAUGGUGUGUGGGGAGCUGCAGUACUCCCACAGCAUGGACGGGGUCAGGGCCCACAUCGACGAGGUGCACCCACACACCCUGACGCUGGAGCCCAGGGAGAGGCAGCGCAUCCUGGAGGCCUGGGAUGAGCAGGUGUCCAAGAGGGAGCGCUUCUUCAUCAGCCAGCUGCAGCAGCAGGGUGGGGUCCUGGCAGAAACUUACAUGAACUGAUCAGCAAAAGGCAAACCAGGAUGAACCAAGUCCAGGAUGGAAACCAUCACUUUAAAUGUCGUAUUUAAUGCACUGAGUUGAUUUCUUUGUUUUUCCUGAAUUAAAGAAAGUUACAGUAAAAAAGGCUCAAAUUAAA